CUUAUUUCAUAGCGCACGGCAUAGUGCUUUGUCUUGUUGCAAGCUCUUUGGUUUAGUUCGUUGCUGUGUGUAAUCAGCUAAAAUGUUGUUUUUCGAAAAUUUGUGUGUGACAUUCUCCAGAUUGUAGAACUGAAGCCAUGUUCCAGGAACCAACUAUGUGGAUAAAAAAAGAGGAAACGGAUGAAGUACAAACUGAGUUAUGCUCCAUGUUUCUUGAAGACCCAUUAAAGACUGAAAGCCCUAGUGUUUGGGUAAAGCAAGAUCCUGAACUGAAACAAGAUGCUGAUGGAUCUGAGCAUAAUUCUGUUAAAGACCCACUGGGAAUAUCUUGGUCCACUGAUUUUAUCAAGAAGGAUCCUGAAUUAAAUCUGGAACUGAAUGCAACAGAGAAUAUUGUGGAAACCUCAACAAGAUACACAUCUGAUACAGCAAGAUUGACUCAGAGUACUGGUGAGAGGUGUGGAGUAUCAUGUGAAGAAACUUGUCACCAUAGACAGGAUGAGUUUGUGAUAGACAUGGAGAAGUCAACACACGAGUUUGGUACCUAUACAGAAGAUGUGACUGUUGAUGAGGAAUGCUCAGUUGCCACCAGAUAUGACUGUAGUACGAGGGAAAAGGAAUUUCAUGUAUAUAGAUGUAAUUCCUGCCAACAGAGCUUUCCUUCAAAAUACAGACUCAUAAUGCAUGUGUUUAUGCACAUUGAUGGCACACAACCACCUUUGUAUGUUUGUAAGUGGUGUGGUGAGGUAUUUCACAGUAAUGUUAGUUUGAAAAAACAUUUAAGAAUGAGUGAGAAUUAUCAUGUCUUAAUUGCUGGCAACCAUGAAGAAUAUGGCUAUAUUGAUGAGCAUCAAAGCAGUAUCAUCUUGGAUAGUUUGCCAGAAGUUUCUGCUACAGAACACAAUGAGCAGUCUUCAUGUAAGGAAACUUGGAAAGCUUCAAAGAAGCCCUCUAAUGACAUGUGUAACACACACAUGACAAAUGAUACAGAGAAAACAGUUGAUUAUGGAAAUUUAUCUACAGCUGUUAAUUUCAGUGCCCAGGCUGAUCUAAUUACUGCAAACAGAACUGACAGAUAUGGUAUUUGUGGCAACUUGUUUGUUAGGUCACAUCAUCUCAAGAGAGAGAAACUAAUUCACAUGGGAAAGAAACCCCACAAAUGUGAGAUUCGUGGGGAAUCGUUUGCUCAGUCAGGUCAUCUCAAUACACACACAUUAAUACACACUGGAAAGAAACCUCACAAAUGUGCGAUUUGUGACAAAUCGUUUGCCCAGGCGCAUCAUCUCACGAAUCACGUUGUAAUUCACACUGGAAAGAAAUCGCACAAAUGUGAGAUUUGUGGGAGAUGUUUUUCUUUGUCUAACAAUCUCACGACACAUGAAUUAAUUCACAUUGGAAAGAGACCGCACAAAUGUGAGAUUUGUGGGAAAUCUUUUGCUAGUUCAAGCAGUCUCAAGAUGCACGGAUUAAUUCACACUGGAAAUAGACCGCACAAAUGUGAGAUUUGUGGGAUAUCUUUUGUUAGGUCAUACGAUCUCAAGAUACAUGGAUUAAUUCACUCUGGAAAGAAGCCUCACAAAUGUGAGAUUUGUGGGAAAUCUUUUGUUAGGUCAGGCGAUCUCAAGAUACACGGAUUAAUUCACACUGGAAAGAAAUCUCACAAAUGUGAGAUUUGUGGGAGAUGUUUUUAUUUGUCUAACAAUCUCAAGACACACGAAUUAAUUCACACUGGAAAGAGACCGCACAAAUGUGAGAUUUGUGGGAAAUCUUUUGUUAGGUCACGCGGUCUCAAGAUACACCGAUUAAUUCACACUGGAAAGAGACCGCACAAAUGCGAAAUUUGUGGCAUAUGUUUUGUUAGGUCAGGCGAUGUCAAGAUACAUGGAUUAAUUCACACUGGAAAGAAACCUCACAAAUGUGACAUUUGUGGGAAAUCUUUUGUUAGGUCAGGUGGUCUCAAGAUACAUCGAUUCAUUCACACUGGAAAUAAACCUCACAAAUGUGAGAUGUGUGGGAAAUCUUUUGCUCUAGCAGGCAAUCUCAAGAGACAUUCAUUAAAUCACACUGGAAAGAAACCUCACAAAUGUGAGAUUUGUGGGAAAUGUUUUACUAUGUUAUGCAAUCUCAAGAUACACUUGCUAAAUCACACUGGAAAUAAACCUCACAAAUGUGAGACUUGUGGAAAAUCUUUUACUAGGGCAGGCAAUCUCAAGACACAUAGGUUAAUUCACACUGCAAAGAAACCGCACAAAUGUGAGUUUUGUGGGAAAUCUUUUGCUAGCGCAGGCAGUCUCAAGAGACAUUCUUUAAUUCAUACUGGAAUGAAACCUCACAAAUGUGAGAUUUGUGGGAAAUCUUUUGCUAGAGCAGGCAGUCUCAAGAGGCAUGCAUUAAUUCACACUGGAAAGAAACCUCACAAAUGUGAAAUUUGUGGGAGAUCUUUUGCUAUGUUAUGCUAUCUCAAGAAACACGCAUUAAUUCACUCUGGAAAGAAUCGACACAAAUGUGAUAUUUGUUGGAAAUCUUUUGCUACUUCAGGCGAUCUCAAGACACAUGCAUUAGAACACAUUGGAAGGGGACGUCACAAAUGUGGUAUCUGAGCCAAAAGUUUCACUUAAUUGGGUACUCUCAAAACACAUGCAUUAGUUCACAUAAGAAAGAAAGUACAAGUAAGUGUUAGUUUACGCAAAUAGGUUUUCCUGGUUUGUGCCAUCAAGGCCUAUAAAAUAAUGGAUGUAACAGGGGGGACAAGAAAUUGUAAUGCUUGUGAAAUAACAUUAAAAUGUGUUAGAAACAAAAGUGUGCAAUGAUGCGUACUAUAGAGUGGUAACACAUAAUGUGACAAUAUAAAAAUCCAUAUCAGCAGGUUGAGAUGUCAAGAAAUUCUAUUACUAAAUACUCCUGAAACAUGAAUCAAA